GCAGUUGUUAAAACUCUGGACGCGCUUGACAUAGGGCGCAUAUCUCGGAGACUUCUGGACCGCAACUUUGACACACAGAGAGAAAAGUUCUGCACAGGGAUUUCAAUAGGCUACCUUUCUGAAGUUUGUGGACAAUACAACUGUAUUAAAGGGAUUUGAGCCUCAUAGACACGUCGAUAAAGUGGAUAAGAAAUAGCACUGUUUUGAUCACAUUUCGGGACUUUAGUUCAUUUUGCCAGAUUACACAAGGACUCCACCACCAUGGCGCCCUUCCUCCCCCUCCUCCUCCUCCUCUCCUCCUCUUCCUCUGUUCUCUCCAGUGACUGUCCAGAGGAUUGCUCUUGUCAGGCCCAGGGUUCCAUCUUCUGCAUCCAGCGUCGUUCCACUGUCGUCCCCCGCGGCCUCCCUUCCUCUGUGAAACAUCUCUACGUCUUCCAGAACGGCAUAAAUACUUUAGCCCAGGAUGACUUCACAGACCUGGGGGAACUGGAGAUGCUGGACCUGUCCCAGAAUAAACUCACGGAGGUCCCGGAUGGGGUCUUUGAAACGCUAUCUUCGCUGAGGAAUCUCGAUUUGUCCGCAAACUACAUUACCCACAUCUCCAAGGAUAGCUUCUCCGGAUUAGUGCAACUCGAGAGGCUGUAUCUCCACGGCAACCUCAUCAAGAGCAUCCAAUCGGAGGCCUUCGAGGUUCUGGAGGAUCUUCUGGAACUGAAGCUCCAGGGGAACCAGUUGACCGGUCUCCCAAAGCUCCGUCUCCCCAGGCUUCUCCUCCUUGAUCUCAGCUUCAACUCUCUCCCGACGCUGGGUCCCCAAGACCUCCAGACCCCCCACCUCGAGUCACUCAAAGUGGCUGCGUUGGGGCUCACCACCCUGGACUCGGAUCUGAUGGCCUCCCUGGGGAACCUCCAUGACCUUGAUGUGUCCCAGAACCAGCUGGAGGGGAUGCCUGAAGCACUGAAGGCCACCCGGGGGCUGAUCAGGCUCAGCCUGGCUGCCAACCCCAUUGGGGAGCUCCGGAACGAGGACUUCCAGAGUCUGGUGGGUCUCCAGGAGCUGGAUAUCAGUGGGCUGAACCUCCAGGGCUUGCCCCAAGGUUUCUUCCAGCUCUUCCCCAGGCUGGGGCACCUCACAGCGGCUGAGAAUCCCUUCAACUGUCUCUGUCCUCUGGCCUGGUUCCCUGGCUGGCUGAAAGAGAAGAAUGUGGAUCUGGGACGCACAGAGGAGACAAGGUGCCACUUCCCACCAGUGAAUGCUGGCAAGGUGCUGGCGGAGCUGGACCAUCAAGAUUUUGGCUGUCCACCUACGACCACUGUCAUGACGAAUGCCCUAGGGGAGGGGAGCACUUCUGCACCCCCCAUUCCGACUACAUCCCCUGGAAACACACAUACCAAUGCCAUCCCACCACCUCCGCCAUUCCCUAGUGAUGAACCAUCCUCAACGGAGACAGACAUUGAGAGUCGUCCCCCUCCUCCAGCUUCUCCGACUUCCACUUUCAGGGACCAGGGGGAUGAGGGCCACAUCUGCCCGCCAAACAUCUGCCUCAAUGGGGGUACGUGCCGCUUCGAUCCUCUGGGACAGCUUGGAUGUCUCUGUCCCCGCGGAACUAUGGGCCUGUACUGCGAGAAUCUGAGGGAGUCGUCUAACCACAACCAGCCCCCUCUCCAAACCUCCGCCCCCGAGAUUUUGGCAUCCAUGGUCGCCCCCAUUGUAACCUCUGAUCCCAAUGACAUCAGUUCGCGUCAGGUGACCUCCACGUCCAUCCUCCUCGACCUGCACCGUUUCCUCGAGACGAGGCCGCACAUCCGCGGGAUUAAGCUGACCUACCGGAACCUCUCAGGGCCCGACCGGCGCCCCAUGUCCCUCAGCGUCCCCGCCUCGUACCCAGAAUACACCCUCCGAGGGCUCCGGCCCAACUGUACCUACUCGGUGUGCGCCAGCCCCCUGGCAGAGAGGGUGAAUGGGGGUGGAGGCGGUGGAGGUAGCCCUCCCGAGGGUGGAUCUUGUAUGGAGGCUCGUACCGAGGGAGGUCCCCAAGCUUCGUCCUUGGAGCCCCAGGUGGAUGAUCAGAGCCAGCUCACCUACACCCUCAUCCCAGCCUUGGCUGCUCUCGCCCUGGUCAUGGGGGUGGCGGUGGUGGCCGUCCUGGUUCUUUUCCUCCGGAGGAGACGGGCUCACAUGGAGCUGGAAGGGGGUGAGAUGGGACCAAUGGAACUGGAGGGCCUUAAGGCUUGUCUGGAGAACGGUGUGGGGAACGGGGGCACCCUACCCCACAAGGGAGCGGAUAUCGCCCCCUGUCGCACCUCCACCCCGACCCAGCCACAAAAUGGUGGAUCGUCCCAUCCCCUUCCACAAAAUGGUGGUUUAGAAUAUGACGCCCCCCUCAUGCAGGGACAGGGGCACUGUCCAUCGAAUAAUAAUGUGGCAUCCUUGAAGCCAUCGUAUUUCUAGAAACUCAGUCCGUUGUCUUAAUGGAUUUCUUAAUAUUUCUCAAUGAGACUCAAUGCACUCAAUGACAUUCAGAGCUAUGGAAUGGAACAGAAGGAACUACCCCUGUAGAGGGUAACGCUACGCCCCGUUAUCUCUAAGUGGAUGGGAGGACUCUACCAUUGUGGGGCAGUGAAAGGGGGGGUGUUUUAGCUCAUCCAGCGGAGUUCAAGUUGAUAGAAAUGUAACAAGUAUUUCAACCUAAAGUGCAAUCGCCAUGCCAAAGGGUCUAUCUUAUAAUCAGACUGAAAACGGAAGUGCCUUCUUGCAUUGACAUGAUAUGCUGUAAUAAUGAUGCUUUUAUUUUUGAAAUGUUGAUGUUUUUAAAAGAACUGCAUUGAAUGAGUUGCAAUCCUGUUGCUGGAUCAGGAGGUUGGGAGAGCAGGGUUUGUGGAGGUAUGGGGAAGGCACAGAGUCAAGGUUUGGAGGAGUAGAGGUGGGGUGCAGAGGUAGAGAUAGAAACAUAGGUGUGUGUGUGCUCUGUAGUCUCUUCAGCACUUCCUGAAGUGAAUGAGGCACCCCUCCCCACCUGCCCCCUGGGAGAACUUGCACUGAAGAGAAGAGAAACUCUCUGCAGCAUUACAACCCUUCCCAGAGACUUAACCUAAGGUAGUGAAAUGCUGAUUCUGUAGAGAUGGUACCACGGACAGAAUACAGUUUUAGACGGCAUUACCACCGGUCAGAUUUCCCUUCAUCCUGCUACACCCCCCCAACGAUCUGGUAUUAUCAACCCCCACCAGGGUUGAUCAACUUGCUGUGAAAGGCAUGUGGACUAAAUGAAGAGAAAAGGCAAGGAGACCCUAUUCCCUUUAAGUGUGCUACUUUUGACCAUUAAAAUGUUGACAUUUUAGUCAUUUAGCAGACGCUCUUAUCCAGAGUGACUUACAGUUGGUGCAUUCAUCUUAAGAUAGCUAGGUGGGACAACCACAUAUCACAGUCAUAGUGACUAUUUUUUUCCUCAAUAAAGAAGUUAUCGGUCAAGUAGUCGGAAAAAACGAAUGCAGUCGGAAAAGACUAGUGUUCUGGUCAAAAGUAGUGCACUGUAUAGGGAAUAUGGUGUCACUUGGGACGUAGCCUCUGUCCUUAGUGGCGUGGUCAGUAGCUGUGAUGAACGCUAUUUGAAGGUUGUUGUGGUCGAGCGGGUUUCAUAUGAUGCUUUUGUAAUGUGUUUUGUAUGUAUUUUUUUAUCAUGGAUUUCUCUGUUGCUGUCAUGCUGUUUCUCCAGUCUUGUUGUAGUCAGAAAUGUUGAUGCUGUAUUGAAUUGUGCUGUUCCCUCGACACGGCAAAGGGUUGGGGUACAUUUAAUUUCAAUUCAGAAAGUUUAGAAUUGAAAGGGUUCAUUUACUUUUAAAGAUGAGUUUUGUUUUGUUAAAUAGGUCAUUCCAAUUCACCUGAAUUUACUGAAUUUAGAUUCAAUUUACCCCUACCCAAAACGCUUCAAAUUUUGAUCAUGUAAAAAUUGUUCACCAAGUAAAUGUGAAUAAGAAGUGUCAGAAACAGCACAGACUCUAAACUCCCACAUUCUUCUUCUUUACUGUCUAAAACCAGUCUGCCAACUACAAUAGCCUGUCAAAGCUACAUAAGGACAUGGUUAGCUCCAGAAACCCCAUCCUUGUCCCAAAUGACACCCUAUUCUCUUCAUAGCACACUACUUAUGAACAGAGUCCUAUGGGCCCUGGUCAGAAGUAGUGUACUUUAGAGAAUAGGGUGCCAUUUGGGACGCAAACCUAGUCUCUUUUUGAACGCUCAAGCUCCAAAACUGUCCUCAAAGCUCGGUCACCGCAAACCCUGAGCCAUUAAAGUGGCACACACACAUGCCGAAAAAAGCACGAGAGUUCAAAGACUUUGAGAGCAAUUUACUAUAUGUGUCGAAGGAGUGGAAACCAGUCAUUUCCUUGACUUGCUACUGACUGUGGCGUUUUGAAGAUAUGGCUGCAGCUAGCCGAUGAGAUCCCCAGUAGCUUUUUAUUAUUUUAUUCUCUCUCUUUCUAUUUUUCUCUUUCUGUGUCUGUUUUUGUCUCUCUCUGCUUCUCUAUAUCUCUGACUCUCUCUCUCUGACUCUGUCAUUCUCUCUCUCCCUGUUCCCCUCACUCUGUCUCUCUCUCUUUUUCUCUUUAUUCUAUUUUCUUCCUCUCGUUCUCUUUCCUUUUCUUUUUUCUCUCUCUCUUUGUUUCCUUCACCCCUCCCUUUGUCUCGGUCAACAAGGUUCUUGGCCAUGUUUUCGAGCCUGUUUUGCUUGCCUGCAGCCAACUAGACUAUGAAAAGUUCAUACGGAAUGAAAAGUUCAAACGGAAUGUAAAUCGCGCCGUUCUGAUAUAUUUAUCUCUGUUUCCUGUCUUGGAGAAUGGGAAGUACAAAUGUGUCACUAUUCUAUUUCUUUUUCUGUUUUCUUUCUCUCAUUUUUGUUGUUGUUCUUUUCUUUUCUUGGUCCCUCUGUCUCUCUCUCUGCCUGUCUGUCUCUCUCUCUCUCUCUCUGCCUGUCUGUCUCUCUCUCUCUCUCUGCCUGACUCUCUGUCUCUCUCUCUCUGCCUGUCUCUCUGUCUCUCUCUGUUGUUGUUGUUGUAACACUUACCUUAAGGAACAUGUGCCUAUUUCUGUGACCUACUCUACAAUCUCACUACACCAGUUUAUGUCUUGGUAGAUAGAAAACAGUUUCUCUCUGUGUGUGUGUGCGUGUGUGUGUGUGUGUGUGUGUGUGUGUGUGUGUGUGUGUGUGUGUGUGUGUGUGUGUGUGUGUGUGUGUGUGUGUGUGUGUGUGUGUGUGUGUGUGUGUGUGUGUGUGUGUGUGUGUGUGUGUGUGGGCAAAAAAAGGAGAUUCAAUAUUUUAAUCCAAUCCAGGUAUUCAUCCCUAUUCUCCUUCAACCAUCUUAUUUUCUACUGCCUGUCUUCUUUCUCUCCUUCUUUUACUGUCUUUCUUCAUGCUCUCAAUCAUCCAACAGAAACCAAGAACCAUACGCUCAUAUAUCUAUUAACUAAAACCUAAACUG